UCACGCGCACCCGCAGAACAAGCCAAUCAGAGAGCGGAAUUUCGCUGGACGCGUAUUUUGAACGGUCUACACAAACGGACUGGACUGAGCAGGUAGAGAGGCGACGCUCCGCUUGUCUCUCUGACAAGUUUGGGUUGUUUUAAACUGUUCGCUGAUAAUCGCAACAGAGUCUGGAAUUUAACGAUGAGAAAGAGCGAGGUGCUCGCAGCAGAGGCGGUGUCCUGCCUGAAUAAAGCGCUGUGCCAUCUGAAGGACAUUUGGGAGGAAAUCGGUAUCCCCGAGGACCAGAGACUACAGAGGACUAAUGUUGUCAAGAACCACAUUAAGAGCUUACUAGAUAUGAUGAUCAAAGAAGAGGAAUCUCUGAAAAAGAGGCUCAUAAGCAGCAUUCAAACAUGCAGGACAGAAAUGGAGAAACUCUGCCUGGAACUUCAGCUACCUGUGUUUGAGGAGGAGAAUGGUAUCAGCAUGCUCCAGCAAGAGAAGAACAUCCGCACGCAGGUGGAGGCUCUGCUGAAGGAGAAGACUCAGCGGAUGCAGCAGCUGAAGGUUCUGCUGGAGCAGGACCAGGACCUGUGUGACAUCCUGUGCUCCAUGCCUUAUGGCAUCGCUCCAGACUCUGUCCCCUCACCGGAACAACUGGAGAACUUCAGCCAGCACAUCGCUAACCAGAACGCAGAGAAGGCGAGGCGGUAUGCUGAGUUCAUGGACCUCAAAAAGCAGAUCAUCUUGUACAUGGAAGAGCUGGAACACAUCCCGGAGACCAGCUUCGAGAAGGACGUCAUCUGUGAGGAUGAGGACGCUUUCUGCCUUUCCAGAGACAAUAUUACGUCACUCAAACUGCUUCUUUGUCAGCUGGAGGAGCGCAAGACCGAGAACGAGGCGACGUGUGAGGCUCACCGAGAGAAGAUCCAGCAGCUGUGGGACAGACUGCAGGUGCCCCAGGAGGAGAGAGAGGCCUUCAAUGAACACAUGGUCACAUCCAAGAAGAGGAACCUGGAAGCGUUACGAGCAGAAGUUCAGCGUCUGGAGGAGCUCAAACUGCUAAACAUCCGCAAUGUCAUUGACGCCAUCCGCUCCGAGAUCUCUGUGUUUUGGGAUAAGUGCUUCUUCGGCACAGACCAGCGGCAGGCUUUUGCCCCAUAUUUUAGCGAGGAUUUUACUGAAGAGCUGUUGAGUCUGCAUGACGCUGAGAUCCAGCGCUUGAAGCAGCAUUAUGAGGACCACAAGGAGCUUUUUGACGGGGUUCACCAAUGGGAAGAAAGCUGGAGACUCUUCCUAGAGCUGGAGAAAAAAGCUACAGAUCCCACAAGAUUUACUAACAGAGGAGGGAAUCUCCUCAAAGAGGAGAAACAGAGGUCUGAGCUGCAUAAAAGCUUGCCUAAGCUUGAAAAGAAAUUAAAGGCCCAGAUCGAUGCAUGGGAAAGUGAACAGGGUUGUGAGUUUCUAGUAAACGGCCAGAAGUUUCUGCAGUAUGUGGAGGAACAGUGGGAGCUGCACCGAAUAGAGAAAGAGAAGGAGAAACAAGAACGGCAUCUCAAGAAGAGCAAACAGACUGAGGAGGAUAUGCUGUACGGAACAGCAGUACGAACCCCCACCAAACGCAGAUUCCUUGGCGCUACUACACCAAAUAAGUCACGAAAGUUUAACGCGACUGCCAGCAUUUCUAGCGCCACCUCUAACAGCACCAUGCGCUCUGCCUAUGGUGGAACUGUCUGUCGCUCACCCGUGCCCCGCCCACCUCUCUCAGCAAACAAGGGUCCAGCAGCGCGGACACCAGGUGGCGGUAAACCCCCCCACCCACGCCUGCAAGGCUGUAACAAGGAGAAUGAGGCCCAGUUGAAGGCGACCCCUCUGAGUGGUGCGUUGCUGACCCCCGCUAAUCCACAGUGUAACUUCAGCAUAACCUCUGUUGCCAGCACAUAUUCAGAGUUUGUGAGAGACUUGGUCAACACUGAAUCUGUUCAGUCAAGCGAGACCUGUCCAAGGCCUCUAACGCCAAGAUCCAGCACGACGUCCUGAACUCCACCACCACCAACCUUUGACCUCUCCACUCUCAUGGUGACUGCAUCAGCUAUCAUAUCGUAGUCCUUUCAACGACGUUCUGAUCUCUAAAACAGAUCACUACCUUUCACUGCUCUCUGCUUUUAAAUGUAAAUGAAGGUAAUAUAUUAAGUGUUAAGUCGGUGAUAAACAAGGAAUCUGUUGUCAGUUGUUGCUGAAUGUUUGCCCGGUCUAUCACUGUCUGUAAGAGGAAAAAAUAGGUUUGUAUCCUAAGUUAAACAAACACUACUUUGGCUCUCGAACUUUUGAGAUGUACUAAAUGUUGUCUGCAUCUUGUACGGCACAGUUUUUUUAAAAGAGAAACAAAAGAAAGUUUUAGCUUUCUGAAGUUAUGCAAUCUGGGGUUACAGGCCAAAUGUAUUAUGAAUACUUUGCACUUUUUUUUUUUUUUUUUUAAUAUAUUGCAGUGCAUAGUGUAAUUUUACACACACUCACACUGUUCCAUCCAAAUCUGUUUUUAUACAUGUAUGUAUUUGUGUAGCCUACAUACUUCUGUAUCUGCUGUUCUCUUCAUAUAAACUCCACUGUUUGACAAAGAUGUUAGUUGUUUAAACAGGCCGUUAAGACUUUUAGUUAAAGUAUUUCGUAUAUUGGUGCUGUAUAAGUUUAAAUAUAGCUCAAUCACAUGGAUUCAAUACACUAUCAUGUCUGAUUUGGAAAAGCUUGUCAAAAUAAAAAAAAUCUUUCACUUGAAA